CUCAACUGUGCUUCUGGCAGAUGACUGUGGGGUUCAACCACCUCCCUGAUCUAACAAGGGCUUUGCACACAGAGUGUCAGCCAGGAAGUCUGAAUUCACCAAGCACCACUGGGAAGUGAGAUAAAUAUUAGAGUGGCCAAGGAGACCUCCACAGCAAAGGUGCUAGGGGAGACAGGGAGAAUGGGACAGUCCUCCAUAUUCCUAUUCAAGAGGGGACCUGCAAUUCAGAAUCUAAUCAUAAGAGCCUUGAACAAAUGUUAUGAUUUCUCGGGAAACAGUUGGGAAACUUGAAUUCGUUUGUAUGUACAGGUGGAUAUGAGGUUGCUCAAGGGUCUAAGGUUAGAAUCAUUGGCAAAUGCUAUCCAAAGUACUGACUUAGGAAAAUCCAAGUUCGGAAUUCAAGGUGAACUUGGUUAGCCCUUCCAAUUGUAACAAAACUGCUCAAGUCUGCCUUAAAGAGCCUCACAAGCCAGCCAGUCCCUGCAGCUCCACAAACUGACCCAUGUUCUCCACAAAAUGGGUCUGCUCCUUCCCCUGGCACUCUGCACCCUAGUCCUGUGCUGCGGAGCAAUGUCUCUGCCCCAGCUGGCCCUCAACCCCUCGGCUCUGCUCUCCCGGGGCUGCGAUGACUCAGAUGUGCUGGCAGUUGCAGGCUUUGCCCUGCGGGACAUUAACAAAGACAGAAAGGACGGCUAUGUGCUGAGACUCAACCGAGUGAACGAUGCCCAGGAAUACAGACAGGAUGGCCUGGGAUCUCUGUUCUAUCUCACACUGGAUGUGCUAGAGACUGACUGCCAUGUGCUCAGUAAGAAGGCAUGGCAAGACUGUGGAAUGAGGAUAUUUUUUGAAUCGGUUUAUGGUCAAUGCAAAGCAAUAUUUUAUAUGAACAACCCAAGUAGAGUUCUCUAUUUAGCUGCUUAUAACUGUACUCUUCGCCCAGUUUCAAAAAAAAAGAUUUACAUGACGUGCCCUGACUGCCCAAGCUCCAUACCCACUGACUCUUCCAAUCGCCAAGUGCUGGAGGCUGCCACCGACUCUCUUGCGAAAUACAACAAUGAGAACACGUUCAAGCAGUAUUCUCUCUUCAAAGUCACCAGGGCUUCUAGCCAGUGGGUGGUUGGCCCUUCUUACUUUGUGGAAUACUUAAUUAAAGAAUCACCAUGUACCAAAUCCCAGGCCAGCAGCUGUUCACUUCAGUCCUCCGACUCUGUGCCUGUUGGUCUUUGCAAAGGUUCUCUGACUCGAACACACUGGGAAAAGUUCGUCUCUGUGACUUGUGACUUCUUUGAAUCACAGGCUCCAGCCACUGGAAGUGAAAACUCUGCUGUUAACCAGAAACCUACAAACCUUCCCAAGGUGGAAGAAUCCCAGCAGAAAAACACACCCCCUACAGACUCCCGCUCCAAAGCUGGGCCAAGAGGAUCUGUCCAAUAUCUUCCUGACUUGGAUGAUAAAAAUUCCCAGGAAAAGGGCCCUCAGGAGGCCUUUCCUGUGCAUCUGGACCUAACCACGAAUCCCCAGGGAGAAACCCUGGAUCUUUCCUUCCUCUUCCUGGAGCCUAUGGAGGAGAAGCUGGUUGUCCUGCCUUUCCCCAAAGAAAAAGCACGCACUGCUGAGUGCCCAGGGCCAGUCCAGAAUGCCAGCCCUCUUGUCCUUCCGCCGUGAGAAUCACACAGAGUCUUCUGUAGGGGUAUGGUGCGCCGAAUGAGAUGGGAGGUGAGGGGGACGAUGGACAGAGACAGAGCGUGCACACGUAGCGUGGCUAAUGAAGGACGCCUUUUUGACUCUU